AUGGAGUAUGGAUCAGCGUAUCUGCGAGCGUCGGGGACAAUAGAGGAAGACACCAUUUCAAUGCUUUCAGCACCCGAGCUCACCUCUCAAUACCACGUGUACCAUCCAGACCAUAGUCGAAACUCGUCAAACUCGUCCGAAGACUCAACAGCAAACCGCGCCUCUUGGUCCCUAUCACCAACUCAUCUACAGCAAUCCCUACCGCCGUUGCCUCCCGCGAGUGGCCCAUCGCCUUCCCCGCAUAUGAGGCCCUCGAUCUUUGGAAAUCGAGCUGCUCUCGAGUCGCCGUACCAGGAGCCGGUUGCCUGGGCGAAUUCGACGCAUUUCCGAUCCACUAGUGCGGAGGAGCCGAAACCAGAGGCCCGGGCAGCGGUGUUCGUCGUUUCUGAGAAUGUGCUCCCGCCUCCGAAGGAGACUCGGCAGUACUUUCGUCACCCGAGACAUAUACCUGAGCCGUGGAAGGCGGGGUUCUGGUUGCGAUUCCCCAGGCUUGGUUUCGGAGCGCUGUUUCUGGUGGUUGUGUUGACCGGCGUAUCCGCUGGUGUCCUUCUUGCGAGCAACGGAACGUCCAUGCAUGAUUGGAAGGUCGGAUCUGAUAACGCGCAGCCCGCUGUUUACAUCUCUGCAAUUGGAAUGUUCAUUGACCUCCUAUUACUAUUCGCAUUGGCAGAAGGCGUUGUUAUUCGGUUUUGGCGUCAGUUGUUGCAUGGGACUACGCUUUCAUCCAUGCAUGACGUGUAUGACUCAGCCUGCCUCUGCUCCGCCAUGAAAAGGCUCACCCACCUGAGAUUCAACACCGUAGCCGUCGCAACCACUCUGACAGCCCUCUCCCUCGCGCGCGGCCCACUCUUCCAACGCUCCUUAACCCUCUCCCCCACUACUUCCCUCUACACCGUCCACUACAUUCCCCUCAUCUUCGGUAUCCUGCUCUCGCUCGCCCCCGUCGCCGCCAUCCUCCCGCUCUACAACGGCUUCUGGGAGCUCGGCCGGCGCGUCAGCCUGAACCCCCUUGAAAUCGCCCGCGCGUUUGGCGCGCCGCUUUUGGAGGGCCUGGAUGGGAACGCCGACCCGGACGUAGUCACAAUUGAGAGGGGGGGCAUGGCGGUGAGAUAUGGCGUCGUGGAGAGGUUCGGCGUGGAGAAGCAAUUGCGGGUGGAGGAGAGGAGUAAGGCGACGGUUAGGGUGCCGUGGGAGGGAGAGGUUUUCGGGUAG